AUCAACUGGUCAGGCAUCGCUCAGCACGCCGGUCGCCGAUGCAGCUGGAACUCAGUUGAAAAUCAGUCUCUCGAGGUGAUGGGCGUGAGUCAGCCGCGGUUCUGAUGUCUUGAGAGAGAAAGAUUCAUAGAUCAAAGAGAGACAGAAUUGUGCCUUCGGGACGGGAGCCAGCAGCCAAAAAUCGCACGUUCUCUGUUCUCACACCUGAAUUCUUUCUUCCUAUAAGAAACAUCACCACAUACACCACCACCACCACCAUCAACACCAUUACCACCACCAACAACACAAGCGCAUAGGCGAUGAAGGGGAAAGUGGUGGCCGAGGACAAGGUGGGGGAAACUCCUGAGUGGACGAAAGAUGCCAAACCGUUGCUGGGAGAGAGACAGCCACCCGCAGGCGACCCACCAGCUGCAGGCAAGAACGGCGAUGUGGCGGGGUCGGCGGAGAAGCCUGACGGAGGGUGGGGCUGGUGUGUCGUGCUGGCGGGGGCUACGUGCAUGAUGCUGGUGGUGUCUCAGGGACCCUGCUUCGGGGUGUUGUACGGGCAGCGGCUGAAAGAACUUGGCGCCUCACCCAGCCUGGCAACCUGGCUCUUCAACAUCCAGUCUCUCAUUUGGAACCUUGCAGGUCCGUGGGCGGGGCCGCUGACGGAGGUGGCGAGCUACCGGACCAUCGCCGCCUCGGGUUCCCUGCUGGCGGUGUCCUCCCUCUUCAUCUCGCCGCACGUCACCGACCCCCACCUGCUGCUCCUCACCGUGUCCACCAUUGUAGGUGUGGGCGGCGGGUUGACAAUCGUGUGCUGUUACCACAUGACGGCUCUCUACUUUAACAAGCGGCUGGGCCUCGCCAACGGCUUCGUGGUGGCCGGAGGCUCCCUCGGCCUCAUCCUGAUGCCGCAGCUCACCUCCCUCCUGCAGGAACAGUACCCCUUCAUGUGGGCCUCCUUCAUCCUGGGAGCCGUCGUCCUUCACGCCCCAGCGAUGAUGCUGCUGCUGCACCCGGUCAGCUGGCACAGCCGCCCCCCGCGCGCAGCCCAGCAGGUCCCGCAGGUCCCGUCCGUCGUUCCGUUGGUGAACGAUUAUGGCGUUGACAAGCGGCUAGAUUCUAUGAGGCAAGGCCUGCUCCGGGGUGCCUCCGUGCCUGUGGACCUGCUCAAGCUGGGAGGCGGUCUGAGGGUGGAUGUGGCCCAUUCCAAGAGACUUCGCACAGGCAGUGAGUGUCAGCACUCCGAGGGCCUGUUGAGGCGGGAUGUGGCCCGCCCCAAGAGACUCCGCACAUGCAGUGAGUGUCAGCACUCCGACGGUCUGUGGAUGGAACAGAGGGGCUCAGCUUUCCGGCUGGGAGGUAGCACCCUCGUGGCCGGCAGCGUGCUCACCCUCCAAAACGAAACGAUCACGGAGGAGGAACAGCAGAAGGGGAUCGGGGAACAGCCGAGUGCCUUGAGACGCGUGUGGCGCAAGUUCCGCUCCCAGUACAACGUGCAGCUGAUGAAGGACCCGCUGGCGACGAGCAUUGCCUUGGCCACCUGCUGCACCAUCACCAGUGCCGUCAACAUCGUCGCCAUCAUCCCCUUCGUGCUGGCGGAGGCGAACUACACUCUGCAGGAAACAGCCACAGCCAUGUCGGUGGCCGCCAUAGUGGACCUCUUCACCCGGCUCUUGGGGGCAGCGAUCGCAGACUGCCCUAAGGUGGACGUCCGUUUCCUUUACUUCUUCGCGCAGCUCAUCUACAUCGUGGUGCCCUACGUGCUGAUGCGCCACACGGGUCAGUGGGGCGUGGUGCUGGUGUGCAACGGGGCGCUGGGCGUGGGGCUGGGGCUGUUGUACGUGAUGGAUGUGCUGCUGGUGGUGCGGGUCCUCGGGGCGCACCGCAUGGCAGCUGUGUUCGGUAUGAGUCAGUUCUUCAGGUGCCUUGCCUUCACCGCCAUGGGCCCUAUCGGAGGCCAGCUAAGGGAGAUGACGGGCAACUUCCUCGCCACAUUCACCUUCCUCUCCGGCACCGUCACCCUGGGCUUCCUCCUCCUCACCUUCGCCACCUGCUCCAUGUCCUGCCGCCGACCAACCCCGCUGAACCCCACCAAGGAGUAGAGAGCUUUCCCCUCCCCCGCCCUCCCCUCCUCACGGCCAUGUAUCGGUUCACGUUUUUCUGUGACGGCUAUCGCGAUGAAGACCAAUUGUUAUUGUUAAUUGUUUAGAGGUUUCUCCAUCCGACAGACCGACUCUAUUGUCCUUGAAGACCAAUUUGACGAUCGAGUUAUGUAUGGUAUGGAAGGGUGUGACUGAAGUGAAUGGAUGCUUUCAUAUACGACACACAUCUACAUACAUACCAUUUACACACCGUUAACUUCUUACAUAUCGCUCGCUGAUCCUGCUCAUCGCUAAUAUGAUGGUAAUAGGUAUUCGUGUUCUUAAUUCAGGGCACACAUUUUCAUUGUCGCCACCUAGACAUAUCCAGCAGGGCGAUGACGUUUGAAGUGAAGAAGAGAGGAGAAGGAGAAGAGAGGAAGGGGAAGGAGUAGGAAAAGAAGAGGAAGGGUAGGAAAGGAAAGAGAAGGAGUAGGAAAUGAAGAAGGGGAAGGAGGAAGGAAGAGAAGAAGGGAAAGGGAAUGAAGUUGGGGUAGGAGGAGAAGGAGGAGAAGAAGUAGAAGGGGAAGGAACUGGAAAAGAAGGGUUAGGCAGAGAAGGAGGGGAAGGAAGAGAAAGAGAAGAAGGGAUAGAAGGGGAAGGAACUGGAAGAGAAGGAGGGGAAAGAAGAGAAAGAGAAGAAGUAGAAGGGGAAGGAACUGGAAGAGAAGGGUUAGGCAGAGGAGGGGAAGGAAGAGAAAGAGAAGAAGGGAUAGAAGGGGAAGGAACUGGAAGAGAAGGAGGGGAAAGAAGAGAAAGAGAAGAAGUAGAAAGGGAAGGAACUGGAAGAGGAGGGGAAGGAAGAGAAAGAGAAGAAUUAAGGGAAGGAACUGGAAAAGAAGGGUUAGGCAGAGAAGGAGGGGAAGGAAGAGAAAAAGAAGAAGGGAUAGAAGGGGAAGGAAUGUUCAUAUCUGUGUUCACGGCCGAAGUGUCUCCUGCCAAUAUAUCGAAGAUGCGGAUGGACAGACAGCCAACGUUGCCAGAUUGUCGUACUCAGCCUCCUAUGUUCGCUGAUUUCCGACCUCAGAACUUCCUCCUCGACCCCAAUUACUGCCUUCAUAUAUAGUCAUCGUUAAAAUGAUUAAUUAUUGGUAUUUUUGGCAAUAGCUAUGGCUCAGAAACCGGUAAAUACAAGGCUCUGAGUACGAUAAUCUGGCAACAGUGGGUCUGGCCUUCCAAACAUACAAGGGAACACUGUAGGCUGAGUAGGCUGUAUCAAACUAGGGUAGGCGGUGGCCGAACUGGUAGCGUACUGGACCCACAUUCGCCGCGUGAUGGACGACGCGGGUUCGAAUCCUCACGCAACCACUCGGAUUUUUCAGUCACCGCCGAGUGGCUUAAAACUACCCACAUGCUGUCCUGAAGACCACCCAUCAACCCGGACUCUAGAGGAAGCCGUCCAAGCGAAUCAAGAACGAGUUCCGGGGGGCAGCAUGAGCCAAUGCAAGAUGGCGCCACUAUAAACACUCGCCUGCGCCAGAACGGGCUGGGCCGACCAUCAGGCCCCACCUGGAAGAAGCCUUGGGCCGACCAUCAGGCCCCACCGGGAAGAUGCCUUCCGAUUAAAAAAGUUUCUGAAUGAUGACGAAUAGGUGAAACAAUAUCAUACCUUAGGGCGACCUUUAUGGAGAUUAAUGAACUUUUUGGAGCGUUCCGAUAAAAAGUUUCUGGUUGAUGACGAAUAUGUGAAACAAUAUCAUACCUUAGGGCGACCUUUAUGGAGAUUAAUGAACUUUUUCGAGCGUUCCGAUUAAAAAAGUUUCUGAAUGAUGACGAAUAGGUGAAACAAUAUCAUCUUAGAGUGACCUUUAUGGAGAUUAAUGAACUUUUUGGAGCGUUCCGAUUAAAAAAAGUUUCUGAAUGAUGACGAAUAGGUGAAACAAUAUCAUCUUAGAGUGACCUUUAUGGAGAUUAAUGAACUUUUUGGAGCGUUCCGAUUAAAAAAGUUUCUGAAUGAUGACGAAUAGGUGAAACAAUAUCAUCUUAGAGUGACCUUUAUGGAGAUUAAUGAACUUUUUGGAGCGUUCCUAUUAAAAAAGUUUCUGAAUGAUGGCGAGUAGUUGAAACGAUAGUAUCUUAGGGCGACCUUUAUGGAGAUAUUCGCCCGCGCUGCCAGGACUGCUGCAUUAUAUUUCGUAAAGAUCUAUGAUAUCUGCUUUACUAUGUGUACGUGUAUAUAUAUUUUUAUAUGUGACCAAUUUCUGUGUCGGUCGUUUCGUUUCGUUGUUUCGACACAGUGCCGUAUUCCAAUUACCUAUAUCCGUUGUUAUAUAAUUGUAUACCUAUAUUAUCUGUUGGAUAAUUUAUAUUUUUUGAUUCUUUGUGCACGUGAGAUUAUAAGAACACACACACACACACACACACACACACACACACACACACACACACAACACAGAAAAUUUACGUAUACAGCAGAUAUAAAACUCAUGUAUAUAAUGUACAUAAUUUUUAAGAAUAUUCUAAUGACAGCUAAAUGGGAGAAAAAAGUAACAAAAAAUAAUAAAUUGUUAUAUGCUCGUAGUCUUUGAAUUUCCCGCGUGACGUCACAGCGAGGCGAGGAGGAGCAAGGCAUGGCGGAUGAUGGCGGAAGCGGCUGUUUAUUUUGUGAUGUACUGCCUGAGGAAGAGGACAGUGCUGAGGGGCCCCGUGAGGAGCCUCUUGAGAAAGGCUGGCGGGGGCGUGCUGAUGCCUGGCUGGCGUGUAUCAAGGAAGCGGAGUAGUAAGGCGUUUAUCCCCACGCUCACCACCACCACCAUCAGUGACUGCCCAAAGAACUUGACUGUGCAGAGAGAAAUUUUAUUUUUAAGACAAAACCUUGGCAGUAGGGGAGACACUUAAGGGAAAGCUCAUUAAACCUUCAUUACCUUAUCUCUGCAAAAGAAUAGGGAAGGACAGAUUUGAUAAAGUUACAGAAGCUUGCAUUGCUCAUCCCUGUGCAACCUUGGCAAACAAAGCAGGAAGAAUUAACUAAAUAGUGACAAAAUCUUGUAUGACCUUUGUCCACACAUGAAAGCAAGUUAGCAGGUACUUAAUACAAUUGUAAAAACUUG